CGCGCGGCGCCCCGCCCCUCCCCUCCGGCGGCCGUUGCGACCGUUGGGACCGUUGCGGCCGCCAUGGCGCUGCGGCUGGCGCUGGCUCGCGGCCUGCGGCUGCUGCCGCGCUGGGGGCUGCCCCGCGCCGCGCCGCGGCCCCCCGCCGGCCCCCCGCCGCCCUCCUCCUCCUCCUCCUCCUCCUGCCGCCGCCGCUGGUCCUGGCUGCCGGCCGCCCGCGGGCUGCUGCUGGGCGGCGCGGCGGGCGGGCUGGCGCGGCGGGCGGCGGCGGCGCGGCGCGGCGGGGGCGGCCUGGCGCUGGCGUUGGCGCUAGCGCUGCUGGAGCCGCGCCUGGAGGAGCAGCGACGGGCCGAGGCGGCGUGUCGCCGCGUCCAGACAGUGUUUGUUGGAAAGAACAAGCCACUGAAAGAUCCACUGAGCCCUUUCCGCUGGCAGGGCUUCAAACUGGAAGAAUAUCUCAUCGGCCAACCCAUUGGGAAGGGCUGCAGCGCAGCUGUGUAUGAAGCAGCUAUUCCUGUGUCUCCUGACCGUCAAGGGAGCGUGGAGAGCAACCACCUCGCAGAAAAGGGGCCAGCCGUACAGCAGGACCAUGGCUCAGCUUUACAGGGCACAGAAGAGGAGCCUGGGCACCAACAAAAAGCGGCUUUUCCAUUAGCCAUCAAAAUGAUGUGGAAUAUUUCGGCUGGUUCUUCAAGCGCUGCCAUCCUCGAUGCCAUGGGGCAAGAGCUUGUUCCGGCCACAGGUGUUGCCUUAGCUGGAGAAUACGGAGCGGUCGCUCGCCACAGAAAACCCGUCUUUGGGAGGAAGAAGUUGCAGCCUCAUCCGAAUAUAAUCCAGGUGAUCCGAGCCUUCACAUCCUCUGUCCCUUUGCUGCCUGGAGCCUUCACGGACUAUCCCGACGUUCUUCCGUUAAGCUUGAAUCCCAGGGGGAUUGGUCACAACCGCACGCUCUUUCUGGUGAUGAAGAAUUAUCCGUGCACUCUGCGUCAGUAUCUGAGGGAGAGCAGUCCGGAUGCUCGUCUCUCCACGAUGAUGAUUUUACAGCUGUUGGAAGGCGUGGACCAUCUUGUUCGACACGGAAUAGCCCACAGAGACUUGAAGUCUGACAACAUCCUAGUCGAAUUUGAUUCUGCUGGCUGUCCUUGGCUGGUGAUCACAGACUUCGGUUGCUGUUUGGCAGAUGAAAAUAUUGGCUUGAGACUGCCUUUCCCCAGCUCUUACGUGGAUCGAGGUGGCAAUAGCUGUCUGAUGGCACCUGAGGUGGUCACAGCAUCACCUGGUCCAGGCGCGGUGAUCGACUACAGUAAAGCUGACGCGUGGGCUGUUGGAGCAAUCGCCUAUGAAAUCCUUGGCCUGGUCAAUCCUUUCUAUGGCCACGGGGAUUCAGCUCUGGAAAGCAGAAGUUACCGUGAGGACCAGCUGCCAAACCUGCCUGAUCACGUGCCCCUCGACGUGAAGCAAGUGAUAAAAAUGCUACUUCAGAGGGAUCCCAGCAAGAGAUUAUCCGCUAGAGUCGCCGCUAACGUGCUCCACUUAAGCCUCUGGGGCGAAAGCGUUCUAGCCUCCAAGACGCUGAAGCUCGACCAGAUGAUCGCCUGGCUUCUCUGCCAGUCUGCGGCCGCUUUGCUUAUGGACGGACUGGUGGAUAAAAGCAGGGUAGAAACAAAAAUGAAGAUGAGCUUCUUGGCAAACCUUGAGUAUGAAGAUCUCUGGGCAGCAGUGUUCUUGUUGCUGUCCUGGAGAAACCAGUCUGGGUGAAGGGUACAGUUCAGGGCGUGACCAUGCAGUAGAUAAAUGGCACUUUCUCAACGCACAUAGGAAUUCGUCUUUUCUGUCUGCCUGGAAUCCUUAAAUACUUUAGGGAAAAAAUCCGCAGGCCUGUGUUUGUGUCAUGUAAGAGGUUGAGUUUACCUGUAGCAAGUGUUACUACAUGCCGUUUUUCUCUUUCUGCUAGAAGAAAUGCCCUUUCAUCAUUACUGGUUUGGUGGGCGUUGCAGAACUUGCAGGUGUCUCGAGGUAGGUGGUUGGUUUUGUUCACCGGUGGGAACCUGUAGUUGACUUCUAGGUCACACGUUGGAUGAAGCAAGUCCCUUUUCAGAAGAGGGUGUGCACAGAAGGUGUUGUAUAGCUGUUCUUUACGCAGAAGCGUCACAAAUUUAAACAAUACAUGGGAAAGCUGAGCUGGCAAAAGGUGCGAUCUUCCUUUCCUUAGGGAAACCGCUGUGAACGUGCUCUUGUUAAGACUGUAUUCCUCCGCAGCCACAAAAAUACCUUGCUAUAAUAUGGCGGUCCGAAGGCCGCCUUGCUGAGAGGCCGUUUCUUGAGCAUCGUAAUUCUGCGGUACCUGCUGCCAAAGGAUCCCAGGCUGAGUCAGAUUGUGCCCAGUUGGGGAUAAUAAUGCUAUUUUAAAAAAGCUAAAUAAGGCUAAAGAGCAGCGCCUGCCUGGGGAGUUUAGUGUGACUCCGUUCUGUAUUACAUGCCUGGCUUUUCUGUUUCACAACGAAGUAAUAUCCUUUGAGGAGGGUAGGAGACAUCAGUUUUAAGACAAUAACCAUCAUAUUAAUGAAAAUAUCAUUAAAUUUUAUAUCCCUAAUUGCUGGUGUUUAGAGGAACUUGGGGAGAAAGUUGUUUAUGCUUGUUGCACAAUAAAUUGGAGAUUAUGUGCUGA